UAACGGGCCGAGCCCGCGCCUCCUGUCCUGGAAGGGGGCGGGGCCGAAGCCCCUCUGUGCAAGGCGCCGUAGAGAAUGGACGGAGGACAUAUGUCCUAGAAGCGUCCGGAAAUGACUCCCUCAGGCGCCCGCUAGGCACCGUAGAGCUGGAGGGAGGGUGGCGGCCAGGGGUCGCCGGGCUUGCUCUCUUAGAGCGGCAAGGACAGAGUGACGGCCCGGGGGGAGGGGGGAGCGGCGCGGGCGGAAGCGGCUGGGAAGGUCACUUCCGGCCUGGGCGCCCGUCCCCCUGACCCCAGGGUCUGAGUCGCCGCUGCCGCCGCUGCCACCAUCCGCGAGGCAGGAGAGAGCAGGAGAAGUGUGGCGCGGCAGCCCUGGGACCGAGGAGCAGGGACCCAGAUAUGGAGCUGCGGGAAGAGGCCUGGUCUCCAGGGCCGCUGGAUUCUGAGGACCAGCAGAUGGUCAGUCACGAAAACCCAGUGGACAUCCUCAUCAUGGAUGACGACGACGUCCCCAGCUGGCCCCCAACCAAGCUGUCCCCUACCCAGUCCGCGCCCCCAGCUGGCCCCCCGCCACGGCCGCGGCCGCCCGCCCCCUACAUAUGCAACGAGUGCGGCAAGAGCUUCAGCCACUGGUCGAAGCUGACGCGGCAUCAGCGCACGCACACGGGCGAGCGGCCCAACGCCUGCAGCGACUGUGGCAAGACCUUCUCCCAGAGUUCACACUUGGUGCAGCACCGGCGCAUCCACACUGGCGAGAAGCCCUAUGCCUGUUCCGAGUGCGGCAAGCGCUUCAGCUGGAGCUCUAACCUCAUGCAGCACCAGCGCAUCCACACUGGCGAGAAGCCGUACGCUUGCCCCGACUGCGGCCGCAGCUUCACGCAGAGCAAGAGCCUGGCCAAGCACCGGCGCUCGCACAGCGGCCUCAAGCCCUUCGUGUGCCCGCGCUGCGGCCGCGGUUUCAGCCAGCCCAAGAGCCUCGCACGCCACCUGCGGCUGCACCCAGAGCUGUCCGGGCCUGGUGUGGCGGCCAAGGUGCUGGCGGCCAGCGUCCGCAGAGCCAAGGCACCCGAGGAGGCAGCGGCGGCGGACGGCGAGAUUGCCAUCCCGGUGGGCGAUGGCGAGGGCAUUAUUGUGGUGGGCGCGCCAGGCGAGGGGCCCACGGCAGCCACAGCCAUGACGGGCACGGGGGUCAAAGCGGCGGGGCCCCGGUCGCGGCGCGCCCCAGCACCCAAGCCGUACGUGUGUAUGGAGUGCGGGAAGGGCUUUGGGCACGGGGCCGGGCUCCUGGCUCACCAGCGGGCCCAGCACGGAGAUGGGCUUGGGGUGGCGGGGGCCGAGGAGCCCGCCCACAUCUGCGUGGAGUGCGGGGAGGGCUUCGUGCAGGGCGCUGCACUCCGGAGACACAAGAAGAUCCAUGCAGUGGGCGCGCCCUCGGUCUGCAACAACUGCGGUCAGAGCUACUACCGGCCUGGUGCAGGGGAGGAGGAGGAGGAGGACGACGAGGCGGCCAGCGGUUGGUGCGAAGAGUGCCGGGGCGGGGAGGGGCGGUAG